AUGUCAGAUGCUCAGGGUACAUCGUGGGCACUGUAUUUCAAAACCUGGCUGUUGGGAACCCAUUUAGGUCUCGAGAAUGUCGAGGCGGUGCCACCCGUUUCUGAUUUGCAUCCGCACAAUGCGGCGUGCAUUGACGCAUUACCGCCGAAAGCGAAGGAGGACUUUGAACGGGCGCGUGAGCUGGAACCGGACCCGGCCAUCGACAAAGAGCUGAAGAGGCUCAAGCAAGCUUUCUCACAGCACGACGCCAAGGAGAAGAAGCGCUUCGCCAAGAUGUUCAGCAAGAUGCAGGAGGAAGCGCCCGACGCGGACGCGUCCGCGGACGCGUCCGCGAGCGGCAACGCGGAUGAAGCAGCGGUUCCAACGCUUCCAACGUCCACCUCGGAGGCUAGGCCAAGGGGCGCUGUCCUGCCAGUUGAGGGUCUGACAAAGCUCCAGAGCCUCACGCCACAGAUGCAUGCUGAACUACUGAAAGCUGGUGAUUCCUCCCUGGCGGAUUCCUCGGUCAUCCACUUCCUGCACUUUUGGAAGGUUUUAGAUCAACUGCGAUGCUCCGCAGUGGAGGAGGCGCCUUUGGUCGGAGAGUUGCGAGCAUUUCGCGAAACGUUGCUGAAUCGUUUGGACCGGAAUGGUGGUAAGAUUUCAAGCCAAUUCUUGGCGGAGGCCGUGCGACGUGCACAGCGCAAGUCCGCGGACACCUCUGCCUGGCGUCCCUUGAAGGACGUCGUUACGAAUUUGACAGCGGCAGAGACCGCUGCUGGCUGGUGGGGACAAUCGAGUCUCAAACUGGCCCUGGACGAAUUGUCUACCUUGCUGUUGCCCUGGCUACAGGAGAUUUUUGGUGCCAUGUGA